UUAAAGUUGUAAGCGGCUAGUUGAAUGCUGCGUUACUUCGGAAUGCCGAUAAUUUGAUUCUGUUUACUAUGUUGGGGAAGUAUCUACAGUUUAUGUACUUUGUCUUCUUGUGUUCCACACACCUUUGCAGUGGUGAUAAAAAUACAUCAGUAGUUUAUGCUGUCAAAAACUGUGUCUUGUCAGAAAACGCUUCAUUUCUUCAUGGAAUUGUUGGGCAUUUAUUCUCCGAUGAGUCUGACGAAAAAGCUGACUAUUAUUUUAGCGUUUGUGGUUUCAAAACAGAGGAAAACUCAUCAGUGUCAUUAAAUCAAUCGAUCAUCGCAGUUAGUGAAGCCAGUGUUGUAGAAUUAGGAUCGUUCACUAAUUUUACCAUUUCUAACAAAGGUGAUCGGCAUCUGGUAAGGUUCAAUGAUUCAGAGAUUAUAACAGACUUAAUUCUUGGGUGUGGUAGUAUGGCCGCCUUUCAUCUCAUCAGUCAUGAAAACGAUAAGUCCUACAGUUUUGAUUUGUUCCAUCCUAGUCUUUGUUCUGCUCAACAAUCCACGAAAUAUACUUUCACUGUCAUUCUUGUAUGGUACGUUUGUCGCUUUUGUUCGUAUAAAAAUUCCAAAACUAAUUUUUCUCGAACACCCUUAGCGACCUCUCGGUUCCUAGUUUUCUAUGUCAUGAGAUUUAACUAAGCAUAACUUUGAGAAAAUAGACACUAAAGCUCACAUUACAUAUUUUGAAUAAAAAAUCUGUUGUAAACUCUAAAACAUAUCAUGUUCUGUUACUAUUUGCAAUCACCAUUAAUUAUUAUGUACUAUAUUAUAUCGGAAAAGGCUUGUCGUACAAAAUCAGUGUGUCGAUCCCUACAAUACUAUCAAAUAUGUCCAUGUAUGUGACCGUAUCUGAUUAUGUGAACAAAUAAACUUGGUCGUACUACUGUAGUAAUAUUUUUGCCUAGUUGGGAAGUAGGCUGCUAUCCUGUUUUUUAAUCGCUGAAGUGUUCAGUAAAAAUCCUAAUGUGGAUUUCAUAAUGCUAUUAUUUUGAAUCUGCAAAUUCUAAUAUUCCAGUUUAUUUUGCGAUGUCUAAUAACACUGGUCUGACAGUCAGUCAGUCAGCUACAACGUAGGGCCAGGCGCAUAUAUGCAUCGAUCCAGGUUGCCACACCUCAUUAGCACAGCAAGAUGAACACCGAAUUCAUAGGAGUGGUUAGGUCAAAGGUGGUAAUAUAUAGGAGAAAGAUUGCAUAUAAGGAUACAGUACAGGAAGAAAGAAUUAGUUAGUAGAAAGAAAUAUAUGAAGUGAUUUUAAUCUCUUAGUUUAAGGGAAGACAGGGAGUGUAUACACCUACGCCAUUGUGAUCGAUUCUGAGCCAUGUCACCAAGAGUCUCCAGCCAUUGGUUACGACAAUCACGCAGACCCCAACCAAGUAGUCUGCAAUUACCAACAUGGCUCAGACUAGAGGUUAGUGUCUUCAAGCACUGAUGCCACGUUUUGGUUUGGCCGCCCCUAAUUCUCUUCCAACCAUCUCUAACACCCAUUAGCAUUGCUUGACGUGGUAAUCGGUGUUCAGGCAUAUGUAACACGUGGCCCAACCAUCUCAGUCGAUGAAGAUUCACAACCUCAUCAACUGAUUUACCAUCAUUACCCUGCGUCUAACCUCACUAUUACUUACCCGGUGAUCCCAACAGACGCCAGCAAUAUUUCUAAGGCAUCUGUGGUCAAAUACUAGUAGCCUACGGGUGUCUUCUACUCUUAAAGGCCAUGUUUCGCUGCCGUAAAGUAAGACAGAACGGACUGCCGCGCAGUAUACUCGUCCUUUUAUUGAUAGACGGAUACCUCGCCUUCGCCAAAGGUGACGUAAGUUGGCAAAAGCCAAGCGAGCUUUUCGAAUCCGUGCUGAGAUUUCGUCCAAUACUAGCCCAUUAGGGCUGAUCAGACUUCCAAGAUAAGUGAAGUUGUAAACGCGUUCGACUACUUCACUCCCUAUCCUUAGUUCAGGUGUUGACGCAGGCCAGUCCUGAAGCAAAAACUUGCAUUUAGAGGGAGAGGAGCGCAUUCCAAACAUUCUGGCAUUGUUGCUUAGUGCUACCAUAAGCUCUGACUCGACUAGUAGUGUUCGAGUAAAGAGCCUUUACAAGGUUUAUGUACUUCUGGGGUACGCCUUUCAAUGACAGACACUGCCACAGAAUCUCGCGGUCGACCGAGUCAAAUGCUGCUUUUAAGUCAAGAAAGACCACCAUUGUCGGACGUCGAUAAGUAUACUUAUGUUCUAGAACCUGACGAAUGGUGAAUAUGUGGUCGAUGCAGCCACGACCAGGUCUGAAGCCAGCUUGGUUCUCUCGUGUUUGCAGUUCACGAGUCUUAGGCGUCUGAUAAUUAUCGAGGCUAGUAUUUUAGAUAUUAUAUUAGUUAAACUAAUCCCUCUGUGGUUGUCACAGGAUGAUUUUGAUCCUUUCUUAUAUAUUGGAACGAUAAGUGAUUGCGACCAGUCAGAUGGAAUAACGUCUAACUCCCAGAUCUUAGCUAAAAUAUUAGUCAACCUAAUCGCUAAAAUUGGACCACCAUCCUUAAAGACUUCUGGAGCCAAUCCAUCUGGACCAGCUGCCCUUCCUCGUUUCAGGUUAACUAUAGCCUUUUGAACUUCUGCUAGAGUUGGGGGGCCUACUUCAAUGUUCCAUUCACACUGUCUGGGAAUGAAGGGUAGUUGUAGAGUCGCUGAAGGCCAGCUGAACUGUUCCCUAAAAUGUUCCGCCCAUCGUUCUAAACGUCUGGACUGGGAGUAGAUGAGAGUAUCGGUGUAGAGCCGAGAGUUGAACGCGGAUAUUUAUGACAAUGUACUUUCUAUUACCAGUAAGUCUAAAAACGCCAAUAAUAUAAUCUAACCAAAACAUGUUUCAGACCAAAAACAGACUGUAAAUCACCAAUCCCGGGGAAAUGUACGUAGACUUUUUAGGGAUUACGUUAAAAGUUCAGAUGUACGUCAAACAUGGCUUCUGUAUAUAGUGAUACCAGUAAUAAUACUAAUAGUGAUAAUAAUAGUUAUUUUCAUUUACCGAGUUUCAACAAGAAUUAUUUUGCUUGUCGAUUACACAAACGUCAGAUACCAACAUAACCUGGUCCCAAAAAUAUUCACGGUACUGUGUGAUUACUUGUAUAUAGGCAUAACAUUGUCACAUUGUAUAUAUUCUCUACGUAUCCUAAUAAGCAAUAUUUUUUGGUCGGAAUAACUUCAGUAUAUAUUUUGUUUAUAAACACUGCACCAUUCUUUUUUGUUCAUAUCAUUGUGUACCUUUCCCAAUUUAGUUGUUUAGCUUUCAUUGUUGGAUAUUGUGUGUUAAGUUCUUUAAUAAAGAGAUACUUAUAUGGACGACCGUGGCAUCAAUCUGUUCCAUUCACCGAUACCUUUGAACAUUUGAAAAAUCGAUUCCAGGACUAUAUUGUUCUUCAUUGUCAUCGUCCACAAAUUCGCCUUGUUGAACCAGUAUAUAUGCCUCUACCGAAUGAUUCACCAGAACAAUUUAAAACUAAAAAUAACGAAUCAAUAUGUGAAAAUUCACUAGAACAAAAACAGUUGCUACUGUCGAAUUCAGAUGAUCAACAAGAUGAUAUAUUAUUGGCUCUUUAACACAGUAAACCAAUUAUACAAAUUGACUUCAUAUAUUAAUGGAUUUUAUGGAAUAUUUUUAAUCAUUAUAUUUUAUUUAACACAAUCUUCAGAUGAACAUUAUGUCAAUUAACUUAAAUAACCUACAUUUCUUUUAUGUUUUGUUCAUUUUUAUUCCGUUUUCCCGUGAUAAUAUAAUACACUUGUCAUUAUGGUAUUCCGGUGCCUUGAAGUAUCUUAGUAAUAUCAUUGUUAACUGAAUAUAGAUUGUGUAUUAUUAAUAUUUAUUAAAAUGUUCGAAAGUCAAGUACCGACAAUUGUGCUAUAUUACCUUUUAGAUUUUAUUUACUCCAUAUUUCCCGAUUUCCCAUUUUAUUUCAGUUUCCCUUCCGUUUUUUUCUUGUGAAUAAGAUGUAUAAGAUAAUUGGAUUCCAAAAUAUACAAAACAUUGUUUGUUUUAUU